CAGGUCCUUCCCGUGACCGAUGGCCUGAUCCUGAAAUCAGGGUCUUCCUGCAGGAGUGGGAAAGAGUUGAGCAGGAAGUUGGCCACCCAGGUGGAAAGAUCCACAAGAAGACCAGACUGAUUUGCCAGCGCCUCGGUCAGCGGGGCCUGAGGAAGAGAUAGACAAGCUGUUUAAACCUGCUGCUCACCAGGCAGAAUUUGCUCAAGACUCUCUGUAACGAGAGACCAGGAAUCGAACCCUUGUUCUCUCCUUAUGCAGAGACCAUGUACAGGAUCCUGGGCCCCAGGGACCCAAGAAGCCAAGUGCCAGAUCCUCCGUAUGAUGGGGCUGGUAACCUCCAGUUUCCAAUGUACACUCAACAUCCCAUUGCGGUCCUGCCUCCCGAGUACCAGCCUUGUGGUUACGGCAUCCCAGCACCUUCUGAAGAGCCUGAAUGGAACCCGCCACCGAUGAUGUCCACGGAGGACUCACUGGUUCCCAGAUGGGAUCCUUGGGGCCCCCACUAUCCACUGAUGGUUCCACCCCUACUUCCUGCCUCUGUCCCUGCAACACCACCCUCCAGCCAUGGUCAAAUCUGA